UAAGGAUGAUACGUUUUACUUUAGUUAGAAAUUUAUGAACAAUGCCAUCAAGGAAAUAUCAGCUUGAAGUAUUUGGUCUUAUGAAAGAUGCUGAGUUUUAUCAAGCUAAAGUAACAGCAGAGGGUUUGUAUCAAAAGUCUGAUAGUGAAUUUUUUCAACCUAUAUGCAAAGGAAUGAUGGAAUAUCAAUGGUUGCAAUUUUUGGAGGAAAAAAAACAGGAAAAAGGUGGUGAACUUUGGUCAUAUUCUGGAACAACCUUAGUUUUUGUUGAUAAGGUAUUACUGGGAUCAGCAGAAGAGUUUAUAAAAUGGGCAGGUGAUAAACAUGAUUACCAAGAAUUCAGACCGCUUCCGUUAUUUUACGCUCUUGCAAAGGAAGAGUACAAAGAAUAUUUGAAAAGUACCAAGCAUCAUUAUGUCUACCUUGAUAUUUCCAUUGGCAAAGAAAAAAAUGGGCGCUUGUUAAUAGAGUUGUUUAACGAUAAACUUCCCAAAACUUGUGACAACUUCAUGCAGCUAUGUGUUGGUGAUGCAUGUGAAAAUGCCAAACAUGAUCCGCCACUGAAGUUAGCUUACAAAGACAGCCUGUUUCAUCGAAUCGUCAAAAAUGGAUGGAUACAGGGGGGAGACAUUGUACAUGGAAAAGGUGAUGGUGGUUGGUCCAUAUAUGGUGAAACGUUUGAAGAUGAGAAUUAUUCGGUGCCAAACAACAAACGUGGAAUUGUGGGUAUGGCAAACAAGGGAAGACAUAGUAAUGCCUCCCAAUUUUUUAUUACCCUGCAACCAACACCGUGGAUGGAUUGCCAGUUUGUCAGCUUUGGUGAAGUGGUGGAAGGGUUGAAAGUAUUAGACAAGCUAGAAAAUGUACCAACAUUCAAUGAACGACCAAUAUCAGAAUGUAUGAUAUAUGAUUGUGGUAUAUUGGAUGUUGAUAACUUGUACACUUGAAUUUGUUCAGAAUUCUCACUGUUCUAUUCACGAAAUAUGAUUACCAUGUAAAUAUUUUUGAAUGUAGGGUGUGUUUAAGGAAGGACCUAUUUAAGGUAAACUUAUUGUAAAUAAAGCCUGUUUAACUUAGUCCUUUUUUUAAGUACGACAUGCUCAAAGUAAAACAUAUUUAAGGUAGAAGGUAGUUUUGAUCACUUUUCAGCAUUUUUUAUACUAAUUACGAACUGAUUGUUACCUGAGACGGAAUAAGUAACCAAAUUUAAUAAUAAUGCUCAAAUGUAAUCGGUGAUAUGAAUUUUUGUUUUUAUUGAAUGGUUAUUAUCUUGUUGGUGGCAACGUUUUAUAGAGCUUGUAAAUAUUUGUACUGUUGUAUAAUACGUUCUGUAAGUUAUUUUGAAAGAGUAAUAUAUUGUAUUAAAUUAAA